AUGCAAUCUGCCCCGUCCCGGAUCAAUGGUAAACCCCAGUUUCGAUACUUUGGUCGCCGAUAAGAGGUCUUCGGAACCGCGUGAAUCAUCAUUUUUUGACUCUUUGUUUGUCCGUUCUUCCAAUUCCGCGAAAAUUUUGAAUUUUUGCGAAUGUGCAAUCAAAACAUUGCUCUUGCGAAAUACCCGUUAUAAAACGGAAGGACCUUUGGUUUUUCAGCAGAAUUAAGCGUUUUUUUAUAUUACUCAUGGCAUUAGAUUGUGGUUGGGUGAAGGAUUUUGAUGUUUUUGUCUGUUUAAACCAAAGUAAUUGGAAGUAUGGGUAACUAGAGGGCUUUACAGUGCAGUAAGCAAGGUUUACAAGGAGAUUUGGCUUGAACUUUCGUCUAUUUAGCCGUAUAUUAUCCAUGAGAGGCGUUCAGUCAGCAUUAGUCUUGUCGCUAACAUAUCGCAAAAAUAUGGAAAGACAAAGCGCCUAAGGCCAUUUUAGACCCUUAGACUACUAUUUAGCAGCCACUACGGUUCUCUCCGAUCAAAGAACAAUCGCAUAUUACUUUAUAGAUUUUAUUGACAUCUCCAUUUUUUUAUUAGCCGGAAUUCCCUCAAAUGCCCGCAAGGCACGCCCAAUCUUUUUGAACAGACCCAUUUCAUAUCAGAACGUACAAAAACAAACAUACACCCCUACAAAUACAACUAUAAAUAGGCUCCAUCAUAUUGAUGAUGACUAAAUCUAAUGUCAAAUUUUUCUUCGAUUGAUCGCCGCCAUUUCACGAUUGGCAUUUCAAUCGAUUUUGUCUUCAAUUGCUCUUUAUGCGUCAUUGAAUUUAUCAGUAUAGGGCCCAUUAAACUUUUGUUACACUAGACGCCCCUCACUUAUCUAUAAAACUCCCCAAUAAAACGUUGUUUGCAUCGAAUUCCCUCCUUCAAAUGAGCGUAAUUUGUGCCACACUAAAAGUACAAAGUGCUUACAACUGUUGACUGUCGGUUUGCUAUAAAUUGGGCCCAACAAAAUGGUUGAAACACUUGACUUUCGUCUUGAAUGUCGUGUUAUCGCCUCCGCUGAGUCAUAACUGUUGUUUACUCUUUUGUUUUGGCGUCCUUGCUCGCUCUCGCGUUCCCUCCAUUCACUCUUCUUUCCAUUUUUAUGUUUUUUGCGGGCUCGCGUCCAAAAAAUUUCGGGGAACGCUUGAAAAUUGAAAAAUAUUGUUUUAGACCUCCAGGAUUAAUAAAUUUGUGAGAUUUGCAGCGAAAAGAAGAAUGUCCGGACCUAUCGUUGGAGGAUACACUGAACAAGACCCCAACAGCCCCGACAUCAAGGUGAGUUUCGAAAGUUUUUGUUUUUUUUUGGAGAUUUUAGGGAUUUUUGUUGAAAAUAGGUAUAAAAUAGGAGAAGAUGGAUAAAUCCGAGGGAUUUUGUCGUCGAAAUUGGUAUCGGUCUCUUUGGUUUGGUAAAUCCGACAAGCUUCUUUGAUUUUUCGCAUUUGAACCCACGUGAAAAGAGGGUUACAUCGCAAAACAAACUUCAAAGACUCCGUUUUAUACCUAAAAUAAGGUAUUUCCCAACAAAAGCAUGUUUUUCGAAAGAAACAUGGCUGGAAUAACUCCGAAUAGCAGAAAGACUAAAUUUAACACAAGUUUACAUCAAUAUUUACAGCCAUGGGUUGAGAAAGCCGUCCACAACUACAACAAACAAUCCAACCAUGCCAAUCUCCAUCGGUUGGUGAAAGUUCACUCCGUUCACACUCAGGUGGUUGCCGGGACCAACUACAAGAUCAAGCUCGACGUUGGAGAGACAAACAAGAAAAACGUAAGCGGAUUAACUGUGUUUUGGAUUAAAAUUUUAGGAGGAGAAGUGAUGGAUAAUAUAAUUUUAUGCGAGAAACUGAUCAAAAAUGCUGUCAGUAGAAAGAUUGAGGGCUAAUGAGUUGUUUAGAAAAAGUUUCGGGGCUCGAAUUCAUGGAUAAAUUGCUCUGUAAGCAAAAAAUGUCUAGUGUAAUAUAAUUUUGUGCGGGAAACUGUAUGAAAAUUAUCUUGCUACAAAGAUUGAGGCCUAUUGAGUUGUUUAGAAACAGGUUCGGGGUUCGAAUUCAUGGAUAAAUUGUACUAUAGGCAAAAAAAUGUCAAGUGUAAUAUAAUUUUGUGCGGGAAAUUGUUCGGAAAUGGUGUCAAUAGAAAGAUUAGGGCUUUUGAGUGAUAUAUAGACACUUUUUGAUCAUGAAAUUAUGCUUCCCGGCCAACAAAGUAAAAUAAUGUCAAGUACAAUAUAAUUUCUGACCGAAUCUCCUUCAGAAUUCGGACGAGAAGUUGGUUGGGGACGAGGAGGUCUCGAACGUCAAGACCAUCACCGCCACCGUCUUCCAUCAACCAUGGACCAACACCGAAGAGUAUAAAUUUGAUAAUUUAUUGUAA